AUGGCAACACCGUACCAUCCACAAACUACCAGGCAUGUGGAAGUGUCUAACAAGGACUUAAAGCGAAUUUUAGAGAAAACUGUGUCUCAGAGCAGAAAAGAUUGGGCAGAACAUCUAGAUGACACCCUAUGGGUGUACAGAACUGCCUACAAGACUCUUAUUGGAAUUACCCAGUAUAGGAUAGUCUAUGGAAAAGCUUGCCACUUACUUGUUGAACUUGAGCAUAAAGCUUAUUGGGCUAUUAAGUUUCUAAAUUUCGAUUCUAUUCUUGCAGCUAACAAGCAAAAACUCCAACUGAAUGAACUUGAUUAG